AUGGAGAGCAAGCCGGACUUGGCGCAUGGCCGAGGCUUGAUAACACCUUGGGACGACAUUGUCGCAAAGGGAGGUUUAUCCAACAUUGACGGACCCAUAGAAGCGCACAUCCUGGACAAUCCAGAGACCCGAGAAGCAGAGCGCAAAUACAUUUGGAAGCUAGACCUUAUCGUCCUACCCACCAUCUCCGCUCUCUACUUCUUCGAGUACAUCGAUAGAGGCGACAUCGCUUGGAUCGCGUUCGGAGUCUGCAUGUGGUGCAUUGCCAGCUCCUUGCAAGACGUCGCGUUCAACCGCAGUGGUCUCCUAGCUUGUCGCUUCUUCAUCGGCACCUUCGAGGGACUUUUCGGAACGGGUAUCGUAUACUACCUUAGCUUAUGGUACCAUCGCUAUGAGUUGGUUUUACGCGUUUUCUGGUCUCUGGGUCCGACGGCUGUUGCUGGUGCCUUCGGUGGUCUCAUAGCCUACGGAGUGGGCCAUAUCAAAACAUCCACGCCUAAUUGGAAAUGGCUUUUCCUCAUCGAAGCUGUUCCAGGAUUCCUUCUUGGGCUAUUCCGUCUCUACUGGCUCCCAGACCGGCCUAUCAACAACUCACGGUCCAAAGGUACAAAGCAGGAAAUUGCUGUCGCACGCUACUACAGAGAAUCAGUCGACAGAGUCGGACCCAUCCAAUGGAAGCACGUCCCUCCGACCGCUGCCGAGACCGCGGCCUGCACAUCACCGCCCUCAUGCUCGUCGCGGCCAUCGCAUACGUCCUCCGCGCCACGCUGCCUCAAAGCCAGCUUCACGGCAAAUACGCUUGCGUGUGGCAUCGCCGUCGCCUGCGUCUACGCAACUUACCCGCCCACGCACGCUUGGGCCGCCAACAACCUCGGCAACGGCACCAAACGCGCCAUCCGGUUAGGUAUAUACACGGCGAUUGGCAACUGCGGCAGCGUCGCCGGCACCUACUUCUACCCGUCGAGUGAAGCGCCGCAGUUCCGGAAGGAGCAUUAUCUGUGCUUUGCUAUGAGCCUUGCGACGGCUGUGUUGGCGUUUACGAAUCAUCUUCCUGCUGGGAAGGGUCAAUAG